UCAGUCGUUGCCUGAGUGAGAACAACCACAUUUCAAACUAGAAUGGCGACCGCUGUCUGCGGUCUGCAGUCUACCGGCCGGAACAGCAAAUCAGCCAAAACACACCGGGAGUACCGGAGGAAAGUGAAGGAUUCCAGAAGGAGACAGGCGGCUCUUUUAUUCCUUAAUAAUAUCUCUCUCGACGGACGGCCUCAGGGUCAGCUUAGCGAUGGAAACACCGGCCAAAAAGCCGACGAGGAGCCCCGACUCAGCGACAGAGACGGCGGCUCAACGGUCGUGCCCCAACCGGCGGAUAGUCAAGCACCGGUCGCACAGGUGACAGAACCCGCUGCGGCCGGUAGUGGCUCAAGUGCCUCCAGUUUUCCGGGGGUCUUCAGUCCAGCCCGACCUUCUUUGGUAAUGUCUCCGGGACUUACUGUGGGGGCCAACGAGGUAUUUUUGGAGGGUGGUAGCGCGGCCGAGACGCUAACCCCGGACACCCCCAUGUCUCCUGCGCCCACCGGACACCAGCCCUGCUCCCGUGUCAGGUCAACGCCAGCCGCCCUGAGCCCGGUCCCCGCCAGCAAUUCUCUGGAUUCAAGACAGAGGUUGAGGAAUGUCUCUGGUUCUCCUGGACCCAAGGUGCCAAAGAAAGUCCACUUCAUCAAGAGUAUGAGGCAGUAUGAUACCAGGGGAUGUAGGAUCGUGCUGAUUUGUGCCAAGCGAUCGCUAUAUGCUGCUUUCUCAGUGCUGCCCUAUGGAGAGAGUGCUCACCUCAGUGAUCCUAAACUGGAUGGUCAGAGACAAAGGCUGUCUUCUGUGGUGGCUGCUGACCUGCUUCCUUCCCUGGAGGGUGUCGAGCUGGGGGCUUGUGGCAAGACGGUGUCAUACGCUCAGUUGCUUUUCCCAACCAACGCCUUGGUGAGGCCGAAGAGCGGCAGCGCUCUGGAGAACCUCACAGCUCAGACCCCUCAGUCGCGUUUCCGUGGCAGCGGGCAGAGGAACUUCACUCCGGCUCGUCUGAACAACAGUGUAGCACCUGAACCAUGUGUGGAGGAAGUGACAGAGUACGAUCCUAAUCUGCUCAGUGACCCUCAGUGGCCCUGUGGGAGACACAAGAGGGUUCUGAUAUUUGCGUCAUACGUGACGACCGUUAUUGAGUACGUCAAACCGUCUGACCUGAAGAAGGACAUGAACGAGACUUUCAAGGAGAAGUUUCCUCACAUAAAGCUGACUCUGAGCAAGAUAAGAAGCUUGAAGAGGGAGAUGCGUGCGGUGAGCGAGGAGUUUGGACUGCAGCCGGUCACCACAGCGAUGGCAUUUGUUUACUUUGAGAAGCUGGUGCUGCAGGGUCGGCUCAACAAGCAGAACAGGAAGCUGGUGGCGGCGGCGUGCGUGCUGCUGGCUGCAAAGAUCAGCAGUGAUCUGAGGAAGCCUGAAGUCAAGCAGCUCAUUGAUAAGCUGGAGGAGCGUUUCCGUAUAAACAGACGAGAGCUGAUUCCUCUGGAGUUCCCGGUGCUGGUUGCGUUGGAGAUGGGACUUUACCUCCCCGAGAGCAAGGUCAUGCCGCACUACCGCAGGCUGGUGCAGCAGGGUUAGACUGAGACGGUGAUGUCUGACACUCCGGUGGUUUCAUUAGAACAUCAGCAAGUGUGUAUGUGUGUGUCUGUGUGUUUGUGUGUCUGUAUGUCUCUGUGUGUAUGUGUGCGAGCGACCAGUUUCUAAGCUGUGGUGUUUGAAACAAAUAACUUUGGUACUAUUUAUUUCUCUGUCAGUCGUGACUCGGGUCACUCACUGUAUAUGAAGAAUAACUAGUUUACACUUGUUAGCAUGUGUGUCUCUUGAAUGUCUUUUUAAGCGUUUGUACCUGUGACGUUUUGAUGUGGAUCCCGUCAUGAGCUCUAUGUUAGAGAUGUUCGAUGAGCACGUUAAUUGUGCUUUUAUUUUGGUUUCACGUGACACAUUUUCUGGUACGUCCUAGUAUUCUUCACUCCUAUUUAAAUGAAAUGUAUGUGUUGUUUGUGUUCUUGGAAGACUCUUCAGCACCUUUUUUAAUCACUAUACAAAGCCUGUAUAGUAUUUAUUAUAAACUACAAAGAACCAUACUCUUUAUUAGGGGUGGGCGAUCUGACCAUUUAUAGAUGGUAAUCCUGAAGAGGUUGUGGUAUUAAAGGUCCUCUUGCUCGUUUGAGAACUUCUGCUAACUUCACUGACUUGCUGAUCUGUGCUGCUGUAUAUGAACGUACCAGUAGAGGGUCGCAACAAUGAGUCAAAAAACUCAGAAUCAAGUUAGCAUUUUUGCACUUCCAGUUCCCUCGUCUUGAAGUCAAUGGGUUUGAAAAUGUUUUUUGUUAGAUGCAAGAUCAAGAUUUUCCAGGUUUUGUUCUAUGACAUGGAAAAAAAAGACAAUUAAAGAGGUGGAGUUCAUCUCUGAAGCUCACCUUGAUGAUAAACCGUGUAAGUUCCAUAAACUCAUGUUUGCCACAGGCUUUUUGUCCAGGGAACUUUUUUUUUUUUUUUACCUGAAGUUGAAUUUGAUGGAAAUAUACAUCAUCCUUGCAGCGUUUGUCGAGUGACGUAGCCAACUGGAUGAUAUUAUAAACAAUGUAAUGUGGGUGACAGCUGGCAGCGUUGCAGAGAGGAGCUGGUGCCAAAUGCCAUAUUGUGUUUUAAUGGUUUAAUGUCCAGUUUAGAUUGUGAUAAAAUAGAUUAUGAUAUAAAGAAAAAAAAUUGUCCAGAUCGCCCACCACUACUGUUGAUUUUUGUAAAUGCCUUUUAAACCCACUGUGACAUUGAAUUGUUUUUAGCCAUUAGACUGAAACAUGACACUGUAGAUUUUGGGUGACGAACGUGGUUUUAGUUUAGGUCUGUAUUUAGAGGAGGAAGUGGCCUUUAAUUUAUGUUGUUACUUGUACUGUGUGUCCUACAGUAAUCCAGCCACACUCAUGUAUUUAUUUGUCCACACUUGUGGCAGCUCUGUGCUCACAUUAAUAUACAGUAUAACCCCUUUUACGCUGUGAGGAAACAGGAUUGUGGGGUGUGUAUUAUUUAUAGUAGGUGUGUGUUUUUUCUUUCAUGUUGUUUCCCAGGGAUCUGUUUUUGUAAAAUGCACUGGAAUUUAUUCCUCAAUAAUCUGGCUCGCUGUCGUUGUAUUUUUCAGUUCUCAGGAAUUUUACUUUCUCAUAUCUGUGAAUGGCUCAGAAACUCUAACCCAAAGAAAAGUUCUGUCGUCACUGAAAUCACCUGUGCUCCAUCCCAAGUCAGUGGAAGGUAACUGAUUGUAGUGCUGUGACUGAAAUCAAGAAAUCCAACCAGUGGGACUGAAAUGAAAAUUCAGUCUUUAUCUGCUCCUUCUCAUGCUGAAAGUCAGGAGAAGUUUUGUAGUCCGCAAAACAUUUCUGAAGCUUCACUGGAAAACUAAUUUCGACAGGAUUUGAUUUAAAUCAUAAAGAAAUAAAAUAAAUGUAAUGUGCCCAUACAGCUUGUUGGCUGAAAUCCCCCAGGAAGAAAGCCAGGAUUUGAGGCCGACUUUCAUAGUAGCCACACUAUAAGUGUGGGAGCAACAUCUCCAUCUCCCCAGAUUUUAACUGUUACAUCCGCGGUCGGCUGUAGCUGGACAAGCUGUUUUAUGUUUCCCCUUCUACUUCAGUUUUUUAGGAGAAUAACACUCGAGAAAUGUUUUGUGGACUACAAAACUUUACCUGACUUUGCAUCAGCACGAGGGUGAGCAGAUGAUGAUCGACAUGAGUGAACCUUUAACUCUGUGAAUGGAUAUAAAAGUGGCUCCUACUCGUGCCAGACAGUAAUGAAUCUGUCUGCAGUGCUAACAUUGUAGUGAAUCGUACAGUUUGGAUGCCAAUAGGCAUGAUUUAAAAAAAAUAAAAAAAAAAGUGCCUGAAGCUACAGUGGCAGAGAAAUGGUUAACCCUCUUAUCAUAAGUGAUAUUUAGUGUUGACAUUUCUGAAGUCUUGCUGCUGCAGAGAUCUUUAAAUGUUGAGGUUGUUCUUGUCCGGGGAAGAUAAUCAUGAUGGUGAUUCAGUGUAUUGUCGUCUGCGGUGGUGAAAAAAUAUAUCACAAUAAACGUCCAAAUGAUCUUUGUUACUGCAGAAAAUGUUGUACUUGUAUGGUUGUUGUCAAAUGGGUGAAUAUUCAUUGUUUUCAUACUAUGAAAUGAAUGUUUUUGAAAUAUAUUUUCACUGAAAAGUCA